CACGGAUCCCAAUGCUAAAAUGAAGAUACACCUCGAAUUCCGCAUGAAUGAACUUUUCGCUUUCCAUUGAUUAAUCAAUUCAAAUCAAAUUCAUUCGUUUUCAGAUCCAAAUCAAAGUCAACUUUUCUUCUCCAAUCUCAUUCAUUCUAUCUCCAGUUCCAUGCAGCAAUGGCUGAUGAUUUUUUGAAAAACUUUAAGAUUCCGGAUUACAUUCUUUCGCCGGAAUUCAAGGUUGAGAAAUCUGAUGAAUCUGUUCUUGUCGUGCCUGAGUGUCCUGUGUUGGUUUUUGUUAACUCCAAGAGUGGUGGUCAGCUUGGAGGGGACCUAUUACAAACGUAUCGUACACUUCUUAACGAAAAACAGGUCUUUGAUUUGGGGGAAAAUGCUCCUGAUAAGGUGCUUAGCACAAUCUAUGCUAAUUUGGAAAGCCUCAAGAAAAGGGGUGAUGAAUUUGCUAUGAAGACCAUGGAGAAGUUGAGGUUAAUUGUUGCAGGGGGAGAUGGAACAGCAGGUUGGCUACUUGGAGUUAUUUGUGAUCUCGAAUUAUCUCAUCCGCCGGCAAUAGCUACUGUCCCCCUGGGCACCGGGAAUAAUCUGCCUUUCGCGUUUGGUUGGGGGAAGAAGAACCCGGGAACAGAUCAACGCUCAGUUGAGGCAUUUUUGGAUCAAGUCAUGAAGGCUAAGGAAAUGAAAAUAGACAACUGGCAUAUUCUUAUGAGGAUGAGAGCUCCAAAACAAGGUUCCUGUGAUCCAAUUGCGCCACUUGAGCUGCCACAUUCUUUGCAUGCCUUCCAUCGUGUUUCUGACACAGAUGAACUCAAUAUGGAAGGUUGCCACACUUUUCGCGGGGGAUUUUGGAAUUACUUCAGCAUGGGUAUGGAUGCUCAAGUAUCUUAUGCAUUUCAUUCUGAACGAAAGAUGAAUCCUGAAAAAUUCAAAAACCAGUUGGUGAAUCAGAAAACGUAUGCUAAGCUUGGAUGCACACAAGGAUGGUUUUUUGCCUCUUUAAUCCAUCCUUCUUCCAGAAACAUAGCACAACUUACAAAAGUAAAGAUCAUGCAAAAACCUGGUCAAUGGCAAGACCUGUACAUACCUCCCAGCAUCAGGUCAAUUGUAUGUCUUAACUUGCCAAGCUUUUCUGGUGGAUUCAAUCCAUGGGGUACACCAAACAAGAGGAAGCAACGUGAUAGAGAUUUGACACCACCAUAUGUGGAUGAUGGCCUUAUAGAAGUUGUUGGUUUUAGAGAUGCAUGGCAUGGGCUUGUUUUGCUUGCUCCAAAAGGACAUGGAACUCGACUUGCUCAGGCACAUAGAAUCCGGUUUGAGUUUUGCAAAGGUGGAGCAGAUCAUACAUUCAUGAGGAUCGAUGGAGAACCUUGGAAACAACCUCUUCCAGUUGAUGAUGAUACUGUUGUGGUAGAGAUUACUCACCAUGGUCAGGUUAACAUGCUUGCCACUCAUUUUUGCAAGUCUAAAAGCGUUUACGAUCCGUCAUCACCACGCCCGGACGCUGAAGAAGAUGACAGCGAUGAAGAAGAAGACUCUGUAGCAGAGGAAUAUCGGAAGUUUGGUGCAGCGGAUACAUUUAGAAUCCCAGAUGAUGUUGAUAUUUCUCAUCUUAGUUAGUUCCUUAAUUCUGUAGAGUUAUGCAGUUUGACAUUUCCUACAGAAGUUAAGCGUUUACCCCUUCCUAAUAUUUGUAGUACCUUUGAUUCUAACAUUAUUACAAUUAAUUGGCUCAAUUCUUACAGCCUUAUGGCUGCAAAAGUUAUAGGAUACAA